CCCCGCGCUGCCGCCGCCGCGUUAUAAGUGCGGGCGCGGGGCGCGGCGGCCGCCGAAGAUGCGCUGGCAGCCGGGGCUGCGCGGCGCCUCGCCGCGGUCGCCCUGCGCGGAGGAGAGGGCUACGAAGAAGAAGAAGGAGGAGGAGGCGGUGAAGGAAAAGAAGGAGGAAGAAGGAGGAGGCGGCGCGGAGCGGCCGCGACCGCGGCCAUGAGCUGCUCGGACGUGGCCAUGCAGCAGCCCGCCCCGCCGGCGUGCGGAGAGCCCCGCUAUCUGACCGCGCCCGCGGCGGGCUGCCCGCAGAAAAAGUUAGCUGUAUACAAUAAGAUGCAGGAGUCUCUGGAAGUGGCCCUUCCCAGCAAGCAAGAGGAGGAUGAGAAAGACCAGCCUGCCGAGAUGGAGUACCUUAACUCUCGCUGCGUCCUUUUCACUUACUUCCAGGGAGACAUUGGCUCAGUAGUGGAUGAACACUUCUCAAGAGCUUUGAGCCAAGCCAGUAGCUUCAAUCCAGAAACUGCCCUUACCAAGAGCAAGGCAGGAUUAAGUCCUCUGUGGAGAGAAAGCUCAACAAUUUCAAGCCAAAGGAGCAGUUUCCCAGCUUCAUUUUGGACCAGCUCUUAUCAGCCUCCCCCUCCACCAUGCUUGAGUGGAGUACAUCCCGAUUUCCCUGUUACUGCACCAGGCACCUUCCCAACACCAGAUCCCAGCAGUUGGCCAGGACAUGGCCUUCAUCAGACUGCCCCACCUCCUCCCCCUUCUGCGUCUGAAUCCUGGCAUUAUCCUUUAGCAUCUCAGGUGAGCCCUUCGUAUGCACACAUGCAUGACGUGUACAUGCAUCGCCAUCACCCUCAUCCACAUAUGCACCAUCAUCAUCCCAGCUCGCACCGCGACCCCCGGUAUGGGUCCCUGCUGAUGCCUUCAGUCCGUGCAGCCAGGAUUCCUGCUCCCCAGUGUGACGUGACAAAGACAGAUCCCACUGCUGUUACCAGCGCUACCUCAGCAUGGGCUGGAGCCUUUCAUGGAACCGUGGACAUUGUGCCAAGUUUUGGUUUUGAGACAGGUCUACAACAUCAGGACAAGAGCAAGGAAACUUCUUGGUUCUGAAGUUCAGCUAAAUUAAGACCAGCUAGAGCUGGAGUGAACGCAGCCAGGCGGGCGACGUAACAGUUGUUGACUCCUUCUGCAUGGGGCAAAGAACACACAUGAAGAUGAAGAGCCAACCAUUCUGGUUUUGCUAUUGAGCCUUUUGUUUGUAAGGCCAUUUAUGGGUCCCACAGUGUUGGAAAAAAACAAAAAACCUAAUUUUUCUUUAUUUCCUCAUCUGAGCCUGCUGCAGCUGGGCAACCUAACUCCUUUCUGCUCCUUUAACAGUGUUUUGGUUUGUUCAGCUUGAUAUUUUAUGGACAGUCUCAGUUGUCAGGAAGAAGACUCUCACUUAACUACAGUGCGCCUCCUUUCAGGAAUACAGUAUUUUGUAGCUCUUUGUGCAUCUAUUUUUGUAGAAAUACAGAAAGUUUGGGUAAGGAUUGAUGGGCUAUUUUAGGAUGAUGUAUUUUUUUUAAAAAAAUGUAAAAUUGUUAAGUUCUGUUUAAAGAACUUGCUCUCAGAGAAGCACUGGCAAAAAUGUAUAAAAUGCUGUUUUUAGAUGUCUGUGAUGUGUUUGUGCAUUUUGGUUUUUUGUUUUGUUACCUCAAAUGUCUGUUUUCCUUUCUUUUUAAAGAGCUAAACCUUCCUUGUUUCCACCUUUACUAGAUUUUGAUGCUUUUGUCCUUUUUUUUCCAGCUUCAGCAAAUAUAAUUCGCACCUAAAGUUUCAACCAAA